AUGUGGAGGGAGGUCCUGGCGGCGGCCGUGGCCGUUGGCGCCGCCCCGGCCCCUGGGCCGCAGCAGGCGGCGCCGCCUGCGGCGGUGCCGCCCGAGUGCCUGGAGCUCGCGACGUGCGCGUCCGCGGGCAAGGCCGACUGGGGCGAGUUCCGGGCGCGCUUGCAGCGGGCGGUGGCAGCCGAGGAUGCCUCGCCGCACUCCGCCAUGGAGGAGUACUUCCGGCUCAUGGAGGCCUACGCGCUCGACGCGGGCGUGGCCCUGGAGUGCCGCAUGUGGGAGGCCCCCCGACCUGCCUGCGCCUGGCGGCGCGCGCCACGGGGGAGGGGGUGCCACGAGCGGCGAACGUGCCUGUAG